UGUUUCCAGGCAUGAUAGUCCAGAGACGAGUAAUGCAGGGUGCAUUGUGGGCAGUCCGACAUCACGGCUGGCCGAUCUCCAGACUGUUUUCAACAAGAAAGACGUUACCCAUUCUGACCCUGUAUACCAAGGAGGUGUGUCCCUUAUGUGAUGAAGCUAAGGAAGUUUUAGAGCCAUACAGACAUAGGUUUAAUCUGGAAGAGGUGGACAUCACAAAACCUGACAAUAAGCAGUGGUUCAAGCAGUACAGAUAUGAGAUUCCUGUCUUCCACUUCAAUGGAGAAUUCCUGAUGAAGCACAGGGUGGAUAUCCCAGCCUUGGAGGAAGCCCUGAAGGAAUGGGAGGACGCAGCAUAACGUUGUAUGAACUGCCAUUUACCUUCAUCCAUAAUUGUCCAGGGCUGAUUUGUCCGUCACAAUCAACUGAAACUUCCAUCUCAGGUGGAGGGACGGGUCCUGGAGACAACCCUUGGGCAACAUCCGACGUGUUGAUUAUUGUGAUAUUUAGUAUUCAGAGAGAAUGAAACGAUCUAUUCCUUUUUCUAGAAAAUAUUUUGUCUAGCCGAUGAUUGCCCCAAGGUACAUUUUAUUGCAUCCUAGCAACAAAUAUGUCAUGAGCAUAGCCCCUGGAACCAUUUUGAUUGGAGGAAUAUCUUUGAAAUUGCUGUUGCUAACAGCAAGGCUAUCUCCGGCUCAAGAUUUUUUUCCGUCCCACUCAUUGUUUGGGAGCCCAUUUUGUUAGUAUUCCUGGUUAGAUAUGCCAAUUUAUGCCUAUAAAAGUACAUUUUCAA